CGUUCUCUUUCAAUUGAAUAUUCAAUAUAUAGUCAAAUCUCAAGUUUCAACAAGGACUCGACUUUCUCGACGACGCAACGACACUCAGAGUCAUUGGCUCCUUUCAUUGUUUUAUCACAUCAACAACAAUGGCUCAGGUCAAGGCUCGCCGCGGCAUCGAUUCCGCAAACAAGGAAAUCGACGACGGCACCAGAGACUACAUCCCUCUCCGAAAACAACAACAGCAUGGCAAAACUCCCAAAAAACACAUCACCGAGUAUCCCAUCACAUGGACCAAUUGGUACAAACACGUCAACUGGCUGAGCAGCACCUUUGUCCUGUCGCUCCCGCUGCUGGGCUGCAUCGGGGCGUGCUACGUGCCGUUGCGGCUGUACACGGCGGUUUUUGCGGUGGUGUAUUAUUUCCAUACGGGGCUUGGUAUAACUGCUGGCUACCACCGCCUCUGGGCGCACACCUCCUACCGCGCCUCCCUCCCCCUCAAAAUCUACCUCGCGUCCGUCGGUUCGGGCGCCAUCCAGGGGUCUAUCAGGUGGUGGUCCACCAAACACCGCUCUCACCACCGCUACACCGACACCUCUCGGGACCCCUACUCCGUGUCCAAGGGCCUUUUAUAUUCCCACUUGGGGUGGAUCAUCAUGAAACAGCACCCUUUGCGGGUCGGACGCACCGACAUCUCCGACCUGAACGCCGACCCCGUCGUCGUUUUCCAGCACAUGCACUAUCUCAAAUGCGUCUUAUUCAUGGCCCUUCUUUUCCCUGCACUAGUCUGCGGGAUUGGCUGGGGCGACUGGUGGGGGGGUUUAGUCUACGCGGGGCUGCUACGGGGGUUUGUCGUGCAGCAGGCAACGUUCUGUGUGAAUUCGCUGGCGCACUGGCUGGGCGAGCAGCCGUUUGACGACCGUAAUUCGCCGCGGGAUUCGAUGGUGACGGCGCUGCUGACGCUCGGGGAAGGGUAUCAUAAUUUCCAUCAUGAGUUUCCCUCGGAUUACAGGAACACGGUGGCCUGGUGGCAGUAUGAUCCGACAAAGUGGUGUAUCUGGACCUGGAAGCAGCUGGGGCUGGCGGCGGGGCUCAAGGAGUUUAGGAGGAAUGAGAUUGAGAAGGGCCGCGUGCAGCAGUUGCAGAAGAGGCUGGAUAGGGAGAGGGAGCGCCUGGAUUGGGGAAUCCCGUUGCACGAGUUGCCGGUUGUGGAGUGGGAUGAGUUUGUGGAUGAGGCGAGGGGGAGAAAGCUGGUAGCGGUGGCAGGUGUGAUUCAUGACGUGACAGACUUCAUCAACGAUCAUCCUGGCGGUAAAGCGCUGAUCGGGUCGGCGGUUGGAAAAGACGCAACGGCCAUAUUCAAUGGCGGUGUGUAUAACCAUUCGAACGCUGCGCAUAAUUUGUUGGCGACGAUGCGAGUCGGUGUUUUGCGCGGUGGGUGUGAGGUGGAGAUUUGGAAACAAGCGCGGUCACAGGACAAGGACUUGAUGUUGUAA